CCCCGGCCAAACAGUACUUAAUUCCUCAAAAGAUAGAGAUAGAGAGAGAGAGAGUACCCCCAUGUAUGUACAAGGUAGCAGCUAGCAACAAAUGAAAUUCUAGUACUCCCCAACAACAACAACAACACAAUACCCUAGUUUUCUUUUAUACCUAGAUUGCCUCGAAUGAAGAAGCUCAUCUACAUGCACCCCAAACACUGCAUCUGAUCUCCCAGUAAGCAAAACCAGAGACAGUUUAAUUUUCUGUAUAUAUAUGCAGUGAGAGAAAGAGAGAGAGAGUGAGAGAGAGAGAGAGAGAGAGAGAGAGAGAGUUUGGAUCAGAAACUAAACCACCUUGGUUGAACAGGAUCUAUCUAUCUGCUCUGUCUGUCUGUGUUGUAGGAUAAUCCCAUCAUCAUCGUAUAUCUCCGAAGAAGAAAGAGAGAGGUAGAGAGAGAGAGAGGAAUGGAAGGUGAUGAAGGAAGAUCAGGGCUACCCAAUUAUGGAUUACAAGUCUCUUUCUCCACUCCCCACCAUCCUCAUCACCAUCAUCAUCAUCAUCCUCAUGCGGCUAUGCAUCACGAAAUGGGGUUUGUACAGUUCGAGGAUCACAACCAGGCGGUGAUGAGCUUCUUAACCCCUCUCUCCUCCUCGUCUCAGCCGCUCGACGGCAGCAGCAGUUGCAGCAACGCCGCCUCCACCACCGCGGCCGCCGCCAAGUCCACCAGCAACGCCGCCGCCGCCACUGCUUCUCUAGGGUUUAGCCACUCCGAGCCGCAGCUUUCCAACAGACCUUCAUGGAAUAAUAACGACCAGGUAGUUGGAACGAUGGAUCCUAAGGGUGCAAACGAUGAAAAUUGCAGUGGAAAUGCAGCUGAGGGUAACAAUUCAUGGUGGAGGAGCUCGUCGUCGCUGGUUGACAAGGGGAAAGUGAAAGUGAGGAGAAAGCUGAGAGAGCCCAGAUUUUGCUUCCAAACAAGGAGCGAUGUUGAUGUUCUUGAUGAUGGGUACAAAUGGAGGAAAUAUGGGCAGAAAGUUGUCAAGAACAGCCUUCAUCCCAGAAGUUACUACCGAUGUACACACAGUAAUUGUCGGGUGAAGAAGAGAGUGGAACGGCUUUCUGAAGAUUGCAGGAUGGUAAUAACAACUUAUGAAGGUAGACACAAUCAUUCCCCCUGCGAUGACUCCAACUCUUCUGAACAUGAUUGUUUCACUUCUUUCUAGACUACAUUACAUAUAUAUAUAUAUAUAUCUUACUACUUCCAUAUUUAUAUAUAUAUAUAUAAUAACAUUAUAUAUAUAAAUAUCUGUAAUGGUCGAACAUAAAUAAUAUAUGUCCUCGGAUCCUAUGUUUGUAUCUAUAUUAUCCUCCUAAGGGUUUCAUCAACAAAUUACCUAGCUCAGCUC